AUGAAUAGACAAGAAAUAGAAGCUAUGCUGGAAUCAAAUUCGGACUCAUAUUCGGAAGAUUACGACGAUACUGACGCUGAUCCAAACUGGUCCUCGGAAAGUGAACCGGACGAAAAUAUUUACGAACGUGAAUUAUUGGAUAAUUGUAACGUAACUAUUAAUACGAUUGGUAAUAAUUGGAAUAACGAUUUUUCUAAUGGACAGCUAAAUAGUCAUAUAAUUUUUAAUCCUGAUGUAAAUACUACUGGAAUAAAUCCAGAUAUAAUUGAAACUAUGUCUGAUGCCAGUCCUAUCGACUUUUUUUAUCUUUUUUUUGACAAAGAAAUUAUUGACAUGUUAGUGGUUGAAACAAACAGGUAUGCUAAUGCUAAAAAAAACACAGCAGGCUUAUCUCGACAUGCUAGAAUUAGAAAAUGGGUCGACACAAAUGAGCAGGAAAUUAAACUCUUUUUUGGUAUUGUUAUGUGGAUGGGCAUGGUGAAACUGCCAUCAAUUGCUCACUAUUGGAAAAAUUCUAUAUUAUAUUCUUGCAAUAUUCCAAAAUGUAUGUCCAGAAACAGGUUUGAAAUUAUUUUGAGUAUGUUACACAUUUCUGAUAAUGACAAAGCUCCUACUAAUGAUAGAUUAUACAAAAUCCAAAUAUUGAUUGAUUUACUCGUCGAAAAGUUCAAUAGUGCAGUAAUUCCUGAAGAGUCAGUUUGUAUCGAUGAGUCUAUGGUCCCUUACUUGGGUCGAUUAUCGUUUCGGCAGUAUAUUUCUAAUAAACGUCAUCGUUAUGGAGUCAAAAUCUUUAAGCUGUGUACACGGGACUUUUAUACGUCAAAAUAUAAAAUAUAUGCAGGAAAAGAAGCGACAAUGGGUGAUUCAGUUUCAUGUAAAGUAGUAAUGGAACUAAUGGAACCAUAUCUCGAUUUCGGUAGAACAUUGUAUGCAGAUAAUUGGUAUAACUCCAUUGACUUAGCGGAAAAAUUAUUGCAACGGAAAACACACUUAGUAGGAACUCUUAGAUCAAAUAGAAAAAGAAAUCCUAAAGAUGUAACACAAAAAAAACUUAACCGGGGUGAAAUAUUUGCAAAAAAGAGUGAUCGCGAAAUUAUGGUACUAAAAUGGAGAGACCGUAGAGAUGUUCUUAUGAUAAGUACAAAACAUUCAAACACGAUGGAAGAAGUCAUGGCUAAAAGAGGAAUUAAAAUAAAACCAAAAGUUGUUAUCGACUAUAACCGUGGUAAGGGCUACAUCGAUUUAACUGAUCAAAUGGGAUCUUAUAGUAGCUGUCUAAGAAGAGGUGUGAAGUGGUACCGUAAAGUUGCUAUGGAUAUUAUUUGCAACACAUCAUUAUUGAAUGCGUUUAGUAUUUAUAAAGGAGUCACUGGAAAUUCUAAGACAAUUACCCAGUUCAAAGACGACAUUAUUAUUGGAUUAAUUCAGCAAUCAAACAGUGUUCCAGAAGUUCCAGAAUUAUAUGAUGAACAUAAGUUGGUAAACAAUAAAAAAAGAGGUCGAUGUAAUCAAUGCUACAAAUACAUUUCUCGAACAGAAGAUGGCAAGAAAGAAAACCUCUCGCGUAUCAACGAUUUGUCCUAA